AUGAUAGGUAUAAGCACCGCCGGCUUUAUUGGCAGUAGUUCUGGAGGCGGUGGUGGAGGAGUAUAUGGUGGCGGCGGAGGAGGCUUCGGUGGCGGUCAUGGAGGUGGUUAUGGUGGUGAUCGUGGAGGCUCCGUUCGAACCAUUAAAGUUGUUCACGCCGCUGGUGGCUCCGGUGCUGGAGGUCAUGGUGGUCACGGAGGUUAUGGCGGACAUGGCGGUCGUGCCGGAGGACCUGUCCAAACUAUAAAAGUUCUUCAUGCUCAAAGCGACUCUUCAACUGGCGGCCAUGGAGGUCACGGCGGUUAUGGAGGAUACACCAGUCAUGGUGCUGGCGGUGCCGGAGGUGCAGUAACCAUUAAAGUUAUUCAUGCUGAAGGUUCUGCGGGAGCUGGUGGGCACGGAGGUCAUGGAGGCUACAGUAGUCCUGGAGCUGGUAGUCACGGCGGUCAUGGAGGUCACGUUGGUGGUGUUAGAACCAUAAAGGUGAUUCAUGAGCAAGGUGGUGCUUCAGCUGGUCACGGUGGGUACUCUGCCGGAGGUAAUGGCGCUGGAGCUGGAGAAGUUAAAACCAUCCAAGUUAUACAUGAACAAGGUGGUGCUUCUGCUGGUGGUCAUGGUGGAUACAAUAGUGGAGGUGGCGGUGGUGGUUUCUCUGCUGGUGGCUAUAGAGGAGCUGAGGAGGUCAAAACAAUUCAAGUCAUCCAUGAGGGAAGCACUGCUUCUGCUGGGCAAGGUGGCUACUCUCGCGGCGGUGGUCAUGAUGGAUUUUCUGCUGAUGGUGCCGCUGGUGGCUAUGGAGGUGGCGAAGAAGUAAAAACCAUUCAAGUUGUCCACGAACAAGGUGGUGCUGGUGGAUCCGGCAUUGGAUUCUCUGCUGGUGGAGGUGCUGGAGGCUACGGCAGUGGUGAAACAGUUAAAACUAUUAAAAUUAUCCAUGAACAAGGAGGUGAUGGUGUUGGAGGUGCCGGUGGAUUCUCUGCUAAUGCUGGUGGCUAUGGAGGAAAUGAUGAUGUAAAAACCAUUCAAGUUAUCCACGAACAAGGUAGUACCGGUGGAAGUGGUUUCUCUGCUGGUGGCGGCGCUAGCGGUGGAUUCUCGGCUGGCGGAGGUGCCGGUGGUGAAGAAGUCGGAACUAUUCAAGUCAUUCAUGAGGAUGGGGGUUCAUCAGCUGGUGCUUAUUCUUCUGGCGGCGGUUAUUCUGAUGGCGGUGGCUAUUCUUCUGGCGGUGACUAUUCUGCUGCUGCCGCAGCAGGUGGCUUUGAUGAUACCUUCGAAACUCUCAAAUCCCUUAAGGUUAUUGGUGCCUUAAGUGUCGAUGGCGGCUCUGGUGGAGCUGGUGCCAUUUCCAGUGGCUACGUAGCAGCCCCAGACGGAGGUUGGCAAGUGUAA